ACUUUGUAGGAUCCAAGAAGGAAAGAAAGAAGCAAAGAAGAGGAUUGAUAUGAGUGGCAGUACGAGCAGUGGUGUGGGUGGAAGCAGUGGUGGAGGAGGUGGCGGCGGCGGUGGCGGUGGUGGGCCUUGCGGGGCUUGUAAGUUCUUGAGGAGGAAGUGCGUGAGUGGGUGCAUAUUUGCACCGUACUUCGAUUCGGAGCAAGGGGCGGCGCACUUCGCAGCGGUGCACAAGGUGUUUGGAGCCAGCAACGUGUCCAAGCUCCUCCUUCACAUCCCCGCCCACAAGCGCCUCGACGCCGUUGUCACCAUCUGCUACGAGGCCCAGGCUCGCCUCCGCGACCCCGUCUACGGCUGCGUCGCCCACAUCUUCGCUCUUCAACAACAGGUGGUGAAUCUACAGGCGGAGCUGUCCUACUUGCAGGCCCACCUUGCAACGCUCGAGCUGCCAUCCCCGCCACCUCCGCCGCAGCUCGGCGCACCGCCCCCCUUCUCGAUAUCUAACCUCCCUUCUUCAUCAAAUCUCCCCGCCACUGUCGACCUUUCCACUCUUUUUGAUCCUCAAGUGCAGCCCCAGUGGUCGAUCCAACAGCAGCGGCCCAUGGAGCUCCGGCAGCAGCUCGGCCCUGGAAGCAGAAGCCUCGGCGAGAGCUCGGGAGGCGGCAGCGGGGACCUUCAGGCGCUGGCAAGGGAGCUCCUCGACCGGCACAGGACGACCACAGCCGAGCCCCCUCCCCUCUCUAAAUGAUCUCAUACAGUGAGUCAUGGCUGCUGGGUUCCCGGCAAUAACAAUUUUUAAGGUUGGUAGGUGACCGGCAUUCGCCGAUAUAUAUUAUAGCAUGUCUUGUUAACCGGAGAUCCAGGAUCCACUUGCUUUUAUAUUGUAUUAAGAGGGAUGGUGUAGUACCCUUUUUUUUUUUCUUUCUUUUUUCUUUUGCUCCACUGUUUCAUUGCUAAAAAGCUUUGCUUUAAACUGAGUGAUGGAAUACAUAAAUUAUAAUUGAGAAGAAAUUGAGAUAUUGAUGUUCUAUAAAGGCUCAUCAGGGCUUCAGUCUGUUGCACGUCUUUAGGAGGGUUAACU